AUGAACGCUCUUACCUCGAAGACGUCACCAAAUAUUAUUGAUGCUGAUGUGACUGUCAGUGGAUUGUUAGCAAGCUUGAUCAAGAUGAAAAAUGGCAAUUGCUUCAAUGUCAUGAAUGGGAUGCCAGCUUCAGCAAGUCAAGAAAGGGCUCAAGCAGCUCUUAACCUGACUCCAGAGAAUCGGCAUGCGCUCACUAAUAUUUGUGACAUCAUUGCCGAUUGGUUGCGCUGUCUACUUAGCUUUAUUCGAGAUAAUGUUGAGCAGAAGUUGAUAAGCGAUCAGCGUUGUGAAGUGAUGUUUGAUCGAGCCGUUUCGCCAGUUCACACAAUUCGUGUAUCUACCGUUUCUGCAGAGG